GUAUUUAAGAACACCCCUUUCUCUCCUUUCUUCUUCCCCUUUAACUUUGUUUUUGGUCUUCUCCUUCAGCUUUUACUCGCCGAUCAUUUCAAGAACUGUCAUGAAUCCACAGUCACUUGAAAUCUCCAUAGCUUGAGGAACCAAACACAGGGGGUUUUCAGGAAGAAGAAAUUAGAUCGGAUCAUCGGAAGAGAAGACAAAGCUGGCGGGUAAGUGGUGGGAGAGAUCGAUCGAUGUAACGGCGAUGGCCACAGGGUAUGAUCCUGGGUCAUCCCGUUACGUCCACCAGCUCCUUCGGCCGCCCGAACUUCACCUACAAGACCUAGCUGUGCAACAAUCUGAUUCCAAGGAUGAUUCACCUGAGACGGAUCAAAAGUCAUCCGAUGCCGACGCCGAUGCCGACGCGGCCAAUACUACAACAAGCUCAGGUGGCGGCUCGGCGGCAGCCCACCCUGGCCGCCGCUCACGUGGCCGCCCUCCCGGAUCGAAGAACAAGCCAAAGGCUCCAAUCGUAGUGGCAAGGGACAACCCCAACGCUCUCCGGUCCCACGUGCUGGAGGUCAGCUCCGGGGAGGACAUAGUCGAGAGCCUGUCUAGCUACGCCAGACGGAGAGGUAGAGGUAUCUGCGUCCUGAACGGUAAGGGGACCAUCACGAAUGUUAGUCUCCGGCAAUCGGCAGCUCCUGGGGGGAGCGUGGUGAACUUGCAGGGCAGGUUCGAGAUACUUACCCUAACAGGGACGGUGCUCCCACCCCCUGCACCACCAAAUGCCGGUGGACUCUCGAUAUUCCUGUCAGGCAGUCAGGGACAGGUGGUAGGGGGUGCUGUGGUCGGACAACUGGUGGCUUCGGGUCCGGUUGUUCUAAUGGCUGCAUCAUUUUCGAAUGCCAUCUUUGAGAGGUUGCCAUUGGAGGAAGAAGAAGCAGAGGGACCGAGCAUCCCAGUCCAGCAGGCGGCGUCUCAAUCUUCUGGAGUUACCUGUGGUAGCGGUGGCGGUGGAGGUGGCAGUGGUAAUGACGGCACAGCGCAGCAGCUAAACGAUGGCAGCCGAGGAGCCGGUGCUGGUGGUGGAGGAGGUGUUCCGUUCUUCCAUGUGGGAGGGGACAUGGGACAUUUCCAAUUUUCAAGUGACAUGUUAGCUGCUGGGUGGGGAGGAAGUCUCCCGAGGCCUCCAUUUUAGAGAAAUUGCCAUAUGGAGUUAGGGCUAAGAACACAUCCAUGGUAUAUAUAUAUAUCCAAUGGACGAUGGAGUCUAUAUAUUCACGUGGUUGAGGUUGCUGACAUCGAUCCUCUUGGAGCUGAUAAAGGAAGCAAAAUAAUCCGGAGGUACACCGAGUUUUUUUGCAUGCUUAAUCUAUUGAUAUACAAUUGAGAAGAAUUAAUGAAGCGACUGCAUUAAUUAUGAGGUUUUUUUCAACUGCUUGGAAGAGGUGAAUAUUGGAAAGCGGAAACUGAAGGGGAUAGUUAAGAUGCCAGUGGAAUUUGGAUAGGUGCACAUACAAGAUCGGAAUAUGUUCAAGCACGUUUUCUUAAGAUCCAUAAGUUUACAAUACAUAUAUAUUGUAAAUUAUAGUGCUUGGAAUGAUAAUGAUUGCCUAGUGACCACACUAUGCUUUCUUUUCUUACAUAAGUUUCAUUGUGAGAUGUGGUCUCAUCCUUCUUCUAGGAUUGAAACAAGUGAAUAUUGUGGAGCGAUUAUCAUCAUAAUAUGAUGCAAUUAUCCAAGAGUAAUUAUUUA